AUGGCGGGGCUCCUGUGUAAGAGACGCAAAAAAGGAGUGAGUGACCUCCAAGAAGAAGGUAAAAAUGCCAUAAAUGCACCAAUGAACCCAAGUACUGUGGACAUCCAUCCAGAAGACACACUAUUAGAGGAGAAUGAGGAACGCACUAUGAUUGAUCCUAACUCAAAAGAAGACCCCAAGUUCAAAGAACUGAUCAAGGUUCUAAUUGACUGGAUUAACGAUGUGCUGGUAGAAGAGAGAAUCAUUGUCAAACAGCUUGAAGAGGACCUUUAUGAUGGGCAGGUGCUGCAAAAGCUGCUCGAAAAAUUGGCUGACCGUAAACUGAAUGUGGCAGAAGUGACGCAAUCUGAAAUUGGUCAGAAACAAAAGUUGCAGACAGUCCUGGAAGCUGUCCAUGAUUUACUCCGACCCCACGGCUGGACAAUCAAGUGGAACGUAGACUCAAUCCAUGGCAAGAAUCUGAUUGCCAUUCUUCACCUUCUGGUAGCUUUGGCAAUGCAUUUUCGGGCUCCCAUUCGACUGCCAGAACAUGUGUCUGUACAAGUGGUAGUUGUACGG